UAUGCAUAACUGACGUGACUGAUUAGUCAUGAUCGCCCUUGUGUGAUCACAAAUUGCAGAUCAGUCGAGGCUGCUGACUGUAUGAAGUCGCUGACUUUACUUCCUUUUUUCAAAAUGACAAUCUUCUACAACUGCGGAUUAGAACACAAAGAAAGACAAGGCACUUUGUGUGAUUAGCUGAAGACAAUUAGGACCUAUCAGCAGAUCGUGCAAGAAAAUCGACAUAUCACACGAAGAUCAGGUGAUUGCACUGAUCAACCGAUCAUGACGAACAUUAACAUAAUUAAGUCCAAAUAGAGUAAGGUUACUGUGUUGCCUGCAGCAUGGAGUCAGGAUGCAGCAGGAACGAGGUGGCAUGCCAUGGAUAAACCGAGUUGACGGUGAAGGCGACACACACUGCAGAUUGUCGACCGGCGCCCAGAAGAUAGAGCAGUGUUAGAGAGUCAGCCUCUCAAUGAGCAUGCCACUGAGUUCACUGUUCCGCAGCAAUGAGAUCAAACUCUCCGAGAAGAAUGAGGCCAGUGUGGUGCGAGACUGCCUGAUGGGGGAGCUGGAGUACCAGAUGCGAGAGCGCCAGCACACCCAGUGGCAGCGGGAGGAGGACCGCAAGAAGAAGCAGGGUGUGGCCGAUUACAGCUGGCUGGUCAGCACCCCGCCCAAGUACUACGCCCCACCCCAGCUGCAGCUGCUGCAGCUGGAGGAGCUGUGCUCCGAGGUGCGGCCGGCUGAGACGGGGCGGGUCAUUAACCGCUUCCGGGAGGUGCUGGUGCGGGAGCCCCGGGUGGAGGAGAUCCCACUGCUGCUGAAGGCCGUGAUGCACCAGGUGAUCCAGGAGCGGCCCCAGGAGGAGACGCUAGGCGAGUGGGUGGCCAAACGGACUACCAGCCUCACGCGGCUGCGCAGCAACGUCCGUGUGUCGCCGCUGAACACAGCAGAUGCCGGGGACAUGGACAGACAGGUGACCCAGCGCUCACUGAGCAUGCCAGAGUUUAGCACCAGGACAAGGACUUCUCAGCCUCGGAGCCUGGCCGAGUUCUGCACAAACUUUGAUGACCUUCCAGUGUGACAAUUUUUUGCUACAACUGUUCAACAUUAAGUUGAUGUCAAUCUUGUCAGCCAAAUCAUUUGCCAGCAUCCAAGUUUGUUUUUUACCAUGCUCCACUGUUUUGACAGGGUAGUUGACACCUUGUUUACAAUAUACCUCACCAGUUUCUUUGUGAUAAAGGAUGUCAAACAGCUGUUGUGAUGAAUGACCAAAAAAAAUCAAUUUCUUUCAAGAGUGUCCUUGAGGAACUGGGUACUUCAGUGAAGAACAAGGUAACAGCUCUUUUUUUUUUCUGAAAACCUGAAAAUGUCCGGGAGAAUGUUGACUUUUUUCAGGGAAGUAAUCAUUGGCGUGAUGUCAAAGAAUGCAUUGUAUUUGUAUAUGUAUUAUGGAUAAUAAAGAAUCCACGGAAAAGUAAUUUACAGAACAUGUACAAUGUGUUCUGCACAUUAAUCAGUUAAUGUAAAAAAGUGUGCUACAGGAAACAUGCAUUCACUUCUGCAUAAAUGAAAAGUUGGGUUAAAGAAAUGUCUACUUUGGGACUCCUGAAUAGCAUAUUCUGGUACCGGUAACUACCAUUCAUAAAUUCUUUGUGUUAAAUAACUUCUAUUUUAAGAAUUGAUGUGGAUUUUGUGUUCUUUUUAUGUACAGUAUACAUAGAGUUGGUGUUCACAUUUACAGUGUACUUCUACACAAUUUAUAACUCAACCUUAUAUACCGGUAGUCUUCGUAAAUGACCAAAUCCUCAUUUCUUAGGUACAUGUGCAGUCACAAGUCCUGCCAUACCUAAUUUGUAUCUGUGAAAGAUGAGUCGAAGUGCCUGAUCACAUCUUAUGCAAAUCUAAAAAAAAAAAAAGAGUAGUUCGCAUGAACCCUUAGGUAAUAUUCUGUGUUUCAUUCUUAUUCCCACCAGUCUCUUCAAAUCCAUCACCUCGGUGUCAAAAACCAAUGGCGCAUUCUUCACUCUUGAUCAAGGACCUCAAGCCCAGUGUAGAGUUACAGCUUGGCCCAGUAGUCUUGAAUUUGUAUACGUAGACAUGAAUGCAGUUCGGAAAGAUUUAAAGUGCAGACAUGCUCUGAACUGACUAAACAAAGACAAGUGCAUGCAGUGAAACAUUUCCAGGGAGUGUUUUCUGAAUAAUUACUAUCAAAAGACAAUACGCCGGCAUGUGUGUUCACACUGUAUUUUCAGUGUGGUUGGGGAGUUGUGACAAAUCUUAAGCUCACUCGGAUGGGAUUCAAACCCACAACGUCCUGCUUACCUGUGUAGACGUCGGGCGAUUUCUUGAAAUGCGGUUUUUAUAUAGUACAAGGAGACCCCAUUACUUACAUGUAUAUGCAUGUUCCAUGUGUUCUUUAACUUGAGGCAAAUUUAACAUAUUCUUACAUCCUAUAUGCAUGCAUCAGCAUGGCACCACUGCGGUACUUAGCUUGUAACUCAGAUCAGUGUAAUUAAGUGCAGCACUAAUGACCUACAUGUAUGUGGACUUCAAGAUGAAACAAAAACUUCUGAUUCAAGAGAAUGCUUAGAGAGUUCCCUUAAAACGGAAACAAAAGUCCUCAUCUUGGUUAGCAGAAGUGGUCUGUCAGUCACUUAUUUAGGACAAGAAAAGAUAAAUUUAUGCCAUUAUCAUUGUUUGCCUUCUUUUUUUUAUAGGCGAUCCAUGUUUGAAUACGCAUGUAUAUUCAUUGAUUUUGAACAAGUAGGUGUAACUUUGAACUUUUUAGUUUAAUGACUAAAAGUUUAUUAAACUUUCUACUGCUGGUGUAAAAAAUGCAGCUGUUGUAGGACCUUUACUGCAGUUUACGUUCUAUUUGUUGGGGAGUGUACAUCUGUCUCACAAGUUUUAAAUUGUACUAUUCUUGGGCCUGUCCAGACACAAGAAAAACCCACUUCAGACUAAACUUUUGUUAAUAAAAUACUCAGUCAUUUUGAAUUUAAAUGUGGUAUAAUAUCAUAAUAUUGGUUCCCGUGCAGUUUGAGCCAGACAGGGUUGCAACAGUGACUUCGUGUUUGACAUGCUCUGUCAAAAAAUGAUUGAUUAUUAUUGUUUUCAGUAGUUUUGUUUUUCUUUGCAUUUAGGAACAGCAAACUUAGUUCUUUUAUUUUGAUGUAUCACUGAUUUUCGGCAGCUGGAUAAAAAAUACUGACCGUUCCCACUGGUUCUGUCAAGGCUUGUCAGUCAAAAGGGGCUCUGGUGACUUGUGAAUCAUUUUCACAAUGAAGGUAUUGAUUUCUGGGUUAAUAUAUGCAUAAAACUUCGGCACUGGGUAUUUUGAAAGAUGAAGAAAAAUUUCAGCUGUUGGACACUCUCAAAAGAGCUUUAGGAACUGUGGUAUAUGCACUUUGUACACACUUAAGCAUGAUUGCUUGUUCCGUAAUUGUGGGAACAACCACAGGGUAUUUCAUCUCUUUUGUGGGGUCCUAAUUUCCCAACAAAAGAAAUUGUCCCCUUAACCCAGUGAAAGCCUACCCACACACACUCACAUAUCAGCAAAUUUUCUCUUACUAUUAUCUUUUUAAAUCUAAGACUUGUAAGCAAACGUGUAGGAAAUAAAUACUAAGCAUGAAUAUCAAAACAGACUUUGAAGUAAGAACCCCCUAAAAAAACAAAUUUUAAGUUUCAAUGAAUAAAAGAAAAAAUGGGUGUACAUUUCAGUCAACUUAAAUUAUUAAGUGAUGGAUAAUACAAAGGCUGAUUUACUCAUCCAAUUAACAGAUCCAGUCAGCAAAUAUAUGUAAUUAGAUGAUUAAUGACACAUGAAGCAUAUUUGACAUGUAUCAGAAUACAUGUGUAUUUUGCCAGUGCCAAAUGAUAAAUACAAUGAGCAAAGAAAAAAAUCCCCCACCAAAAUCAGAGCAAGGAAAGACUAAAUUCUUGAAGUACAUUUUUCAAAUCAGUUUCCUUAAAAAGGGACAGCUUUUAUGAUGGUCUGAAAAAUAGCUCAUUUUCUUGAAGCAGUUUUUUUCUUGACGGGCAUUUUUUUUUACAUUUUGAAACUAGAAGCUGCUACUAUGAAUAGAAAAGUUGUAUCAUUGUCUGUGGGCAGUAUGUCACAGUUAACUCCACCCCUCAGAAGACAAACGACGUCAAAUUAAACAAUACCUUCUGCUUGAGAAGACUGUUACAAUUAUUUUAAUUUGUGUGGUUCUGAAAAGAAAACAGCUGGUUAAUAAUUCAGACUGUUUGAUCUGUUGUUUCCUCAGGUUAUGUUCUCGGCAGUCAAUUUGCCCCAGAACAGUUAGUUGGAAUGAGACACAAUUCAUGAUACAGCAAAUGGCUCAAGGGAGCAAUGAUACAGCAGUGAUGUCGUCAUACAUGCACUUCAGUUGGCACCAAGAUAAAUGCAUCUGCAUAGUGCGGAAUAGGCGCAUUGGUCCAAUUACACAAAAGCCUUCAUGGUAAUGGACGUAAUCAUGUUGAUCGUUAAUAUUGGAAGUAGCAAUAUCCUCUGAUGAAAAAAUAAAAAAUAAAAAAAAUGACAGGAUAUGCUCUAGAGUUCUUAGGUAACAAGGACUUGAGAUUGGGGAGUAUUGACCAACACUAUAAGUUACUGUUACGCAAACAAGGAUUAACUUCAGAUAUUGGGACUUUGCCAUGAGUAAAUGUUGUUUCUAUAUAUGUAAUUUACAUUUGUAGAAGGGAUAAGACAAACAUUUCUACAAAACGUGUCUAAAUGUAUACCCAAUCCAGAAUUAAAACAGUGAGAGACUACUAGGUAAAGGUUUGAAUCUAACUUGUAUCGAACUUGGGGAGAAAACCAUGAAUAUGUUCACUUUAAUUU